CCCAGAUGCCCCAGCCGCCGCCGCCAUCUUUGUUUUGUGCUGAAAGUUGCUAUUGACGCCCGCGGACGGCCGGGCGUGGGGAAGUGGCAAGAUGGCGGCUCCCAGGGCGGAGGCGUGGAAGCGCGCCCAGGGGGUCCUCGGGGCUGGGCGCGCGUGCGCCUGACCCGAGCACGGCCCGCACCUCGGUCGAGAGCCCCGCGGCGCCGGCUCGUGGCCGAGACGGCCCGCCCAACCCCCACCCCUCAGGGACCCUUCAGAGGCCCGGGCUCGGCGGGGGGGCGGAAGAGUGCGAGGGCGGGAGAGAGGGCGAGAACAGUGACGUCACCUGACACCGCCCCCUCGCCCGACCGUCGCCAUGUUUAGUUGUUACUUCUUUGCACAAGAUGGCGGCUCCCAGGGAGGAGGCAUGAGCGCCCUGCCGUUACCGCUCCUCCUGCCGUACAGUUGCCAGUGCGGGGCCUAACUCUGGCACUUGGGGGCGGCUCCGGUGGGACCGAGCUAUCGGGAGGAAAGUAAGGACCGGACGCCGUCUCGCCUUGGGUCUGCAGUGGAAGAACUGACCCAGGAGGAAGAGAAUAGGGGGGACGGAGGUGCUAGCCUCAAGAUGGCGGCUCCCUGAGCGGCAGAGGCGGACUGAGGGGAGCGCUUCGCCAGCUCCGAAGCCGUACGGCGUGAGCCCCGCAGCCGGCCCUCUCCGUCGAGCGCCGGAGCUCGUUCCGCGGGUGACAGGCGCGCCCCUCUCCCUCCCGCGUGUCGAGCCUGUUUGGGGAGCGGCACGGUCUCAAGAUGGCGGCUCCCACAAUUGUGGUCUGAGCGCCGGCGGGGCUGAGCCGAGCGCGGCGCCGGUGGCUCCUCUCCACCCGCCCCGGAAGCCGGCCAGAGCCGGAGACUCGCGGCGGGGGGGAGUGUGUGUGUGUGUGGGAACCGGGCCGGGGCUCCGCCAUUUCCGGCGGGGGAGGGCUACGACUGAGGAAGGGAGGAGAGAGAGGCGGCUCAAGAUGGCGGCUCCCAGGGCCGCCCGCCUCGGCGUGUGAGCGGGAGCGUCCGAGCGGGAAGUGCGAGCGCCGGCGUGCGGCCGCCCGCGCCCGCGUGCGCCUCGACGCUCGGCGUUUCGACGAGGCUCGGCGGGCCCGGGCAGAGCGAGGAGCGGGGGAAGAGGCGUCGGGGCGGAGGGCAGUUAAGAUGGCGGCCUCCAUGGGCCGGUCAGCCGCGGUGUGAGGAAGCGCUUCUGUGGGAGAGCUGCCUCAGAGCCGAGGGGGUGUGUGUGAGGACUAGCGGGGGGCUCCCGCCUCGCCUCGGGACUCUUUCCCGCCGCGCCCUGCCGAGGAGCCAUGGCGUCGGCCUUGUCGCCCGCCAACUCGCCGGCGGUGCUGCUGCAGCCGCGCUGGAAGCGGGUGGUGGGCUGGUCGGGCCCCGUGCCGCGACCCCGCCACGGCCACCGCGCCGUGGCCAUCAAGGAGCUCAUCGUGGUGUUCGGCGGCGGCAACGAGGGCAUCGUGGACGAGCUGCACGUGUACAACACGGCCACCAACCAGUGGUUCAUCCCAGCUGUCCGUGGGGACAUCCCGCCAGGGUGCGCGGCCUAUGGCUUCGUGUGUGAUGGCACGCGCCUGCUGGUGUUCGGAGGCAUGGUGGAGUACGGGAAGUACAGCAACGACUUGUAUGAGCUCCAGGCCAGUCGAUGGGAGUGGAAGAGACUCAAAGCCAAGACGCCCAAAAAUGGGCCCCCUCCAUGCCCGCGUCUUGGCCACAGCUUCUCUCUCGUGGGCAACAAAUGCUACCUUUUUGGGGGUCUGGCCAAUGACAGUGAGGACCCCAAGAAUAACAUUCCGAGGUACCUGAAUGACCUGUACAUCCUGGAGCUGCGGCCGGGUUCCGGAGUGGUCGCCUGGGACAUCCCCAUCACCUACGGGGUCCUGCCUCCGCCCCGGGAAUCCCACACGGCUGUGGUCUACACCGAGAAGGACAACAAGAAGUCCAAGCUGGUCAUCUACGGGGGGAUGAGCGGCUGCAGACUCGGAGACCUCUGGACCCUGGAUAUCGAGACCCUGACUUGGAACAAGCCCAGUCUCAGCGGUGUGGCACCCCUGCCUCGGAGCCUUCACUCGGCCACGACUAUUGGAAACAAAAUGUAUGUCUUUGGUGGCUGGGUUCCGCUCGUCAUGGAUGACGUCAAAGUGGCCACACAUGAGAAGGAGUGGAAGUGCACCAACACGCUGGCUUGUCUCAACCUUGAUUCCAUGGCCUGGGAGACCAUCCUCAUGGACACGCUGGAGGACAACAUUCCCCGCGCCCGGGCCGGACACUGUGCCGUCGCCAUCAACACCCGCCUGUACAUUUGGAGCGGGCGUGAUGGCUACCGCAAGGCCUGGAACAACCAGGUGUGCUGUAAGGACCUCUGGUACCUAGAAACAGAAAAGCCGCCGCCCCCUGCGAGGGUGCAGCUAGUCAGAGCCAACACCAACUCCCUGGAGGUGAGCUGGGGGGCGGUGGCCACCGCCGACAGUUACCUUCUGCAACUCCAGAAAUACGACAUUCCUGCCACGGCCGCGACUGCCACCUCCCCCACACCCAAUCCUGUCCCGUCUGUGCCUGCCAACCCCCCCAAGAGCCCGGCCCCAGCGGCUGCCGCGCCUGCCGUGCAGCCCCUGACCCAAGUAGGCAUAACGCUCCUGCCCCAGGCAGCUGCCGCUCCCCCGACCACCACCACCAUCCAGGUCUUGCCGACAGUGCCUGGCGGCUCCAUUUCUGUGCCCGCCGCAGCCCGAAGUCAAGGUGUCCCUGCUGUUCUCAAAGUGACCGGUCCACAGGCGACGACAGGAACUCCCUUGGUCACCAUGCGACCUGCUAGCCAGGCGGGAAAAGCCCCCGUCACCGUGACCUCCCUUCCUGCGGGUGUGCGGAUGGUUGUGCCCACACAGAGUGCCCAGGGGACGGUGAUUGGCAGCAACCCACAGAUGAGUGGGAUGGCUGCCCUGGCGGCUGCCGCUGCAGCCACCCAGAAGAUCCCUCCGUCCUCGGCUCCCACGGUGCUGAGUGUCCCGGCAGGCACCACGAUCGUUAAGACGGUAGCCGUGACGCCUGGCACCACCACCCUCCCCGCCACGGUGAAAGUGGCCUCCUCACCUGUCAUGGUGAGCAACCCGGCUACGCGCAUGCUGAAGACUGCCGCCGCCCAGGUGGGGACCUCUGUCUCCUCGGCCGCCAACACGUCCACGCGCCCCAUCAUCACGGUGCACAAGUCCGGGACCGUGACCGUGGCCCAGCAAGCCCAGGUCGUGACCACGGUGGUGGGUGGCGUCACCAAGACCAUCACCCUGGUGAAGAGUCCCAUCUCCGUCCCCGGAGGCAGUGCUCUGAUUUCUAAUCUCGGCAAGGUGAUGUCUGUGGUCCAGACCAAACCUGUUCAGACGUCCGCGGUCACGGGCCAGGCGUCCACGGGCCCGGUGACCCAGAUCAUUCAGACCAAAGGGCCCCUGCCGGCUGGAACCAUCCUGAAGCUCGUGACCUCGGCUGAUGGCAAGCCCACCACCAUCAUCACUACCACGCAGGCCAGUGGGGCCGGGACUAAACCCACCAUCCUGGGCAUCAGCAGCGUGUCCCCCAGCACCACCAAGCCUGGCACGACCACCAUCAUCAAGACCAUUCCCAUGUCCGCCAUCAUCACGCAGGCCGGUGCCACGGGUGUGACCAGCACUCCCGGCAUCAAGUCCCCGAUCACCAUCAUCACCACUAAGGUCAUGACUUCCGGCACCGGAACGCCCGCCAAGAUCAUCACCGCUGUCCCCAAGAUUGCCACCGGCCACGGGCAGCAAGGCGUGACCCAGGUGGUGCUGAAGGGGGCCCCGGGACAGCCAGGCACCAUCCUGCGCACGGUGCCCAUGGGGGGUGUCCGCCUGGUGACCCCCGUCACCGUGUCUGCCGUCAAGCCAGCUGUCACCACGCUGGUCGUGAAGGGCACUACAGGUGUUACCACCUUGGGCACAGUGACCGGCACCGUUUCCACCAGCCUGGCCGGAGCAGGGGGCCACAGCACCAGUGCCUCCCUGGCCACGCCCAUCACCACCCUGGGCACCAUUGCCACCCUCUCAAGCCAGGUGAUCAACCCCACGGCCAUCACCGUGUCGGCCGCGCAGACCACGCUCACGGCGGCCGGCGCUCUCACCACCCCCACCAUUACCAUGCAGCCCGUGGCCCAGCCUACCCAGGUGACUCUGAUCACAGCCCCCAGCGGUGUGGAAGCCCAGCCCGUGCAUGACCUCCCGGUGUCCAUCCUGGCCUCGCCCACGACCGAGCAGCCCACGGCCACCGUCACCAUCGCCGACUCGGGCCAGGGCGACGUGCAGCCUGGCACAGUAACGCUGGUUUGCUCCAACCCUCCGUGCGAGACCCACGAGACGGGCACCACCAACACGGCCACCACUACGGUCGUGGCCAACCUCGGAGGGCACCCCCAGGCUCCCCAGGUGCAGUUUGUCUGUGACCGACAGGAAACGGCGGCGUCUCUGGUGACGUCGGCGGUGGCUCAGCAGAACGGCAGCGUGGUGCGCGUGUGCUCCAACCCUCCGUGCGAGACCCACGAGACGGGCACUACUAACACGGCCACCACCGCUACCUCCAACAUGGCCGGCCAGCUCGGCUGCUCCAACCCCCCGUGCGAGACCCAUGAGACGGGCACCACCAGCACCGCCACCACUGCCGUGGCCAGCAUGGGCGCCGGGCACCUUCCCUGCACGGCUGCGCCCGCCCCCACUGUGGUCCGGGUCAGCGUGGCCACCGGUGUGCUGAAAGGGGCCCAGGCUGCCACCGCUGCCUCGUGCCAAACGCGCCAGACCAGCGCCACCAGCAGCGGCAGCACCAUGACUAUGAUGGUUCCCGGAACCUCACUGCUGGGGCCCGGCCUGGCCCUGGAGGUGGGGGGCCACCGGCCCUACGGGCCCGCGACAGGCCUGAGCCAGCUGGUGUCGGUGGGGCACCCGGUCGAGGUCCCUCACAUUCCCGCCACCUCCACCCUGGGGGCCGGGGAGCCCGGCGACAGCACUGGGACUGUCACCACCCUGGAGGCUCUGCUGUGCCCCGUGACUCAAGUCUGCUCCAACCCGCCGUGCGAGACCCACGAGACGGGCACCACCAACACUGCCACUACCUCGAAUGCAGGCGGCGCCCAGCGGGUCUGCUCCAACCCACCGUGCGAGACCCACGAGACGGGCACCACCCACACGCCCACCACGGCCACCUCCAGUGGGAACGCCGGCCAGCCCGAGGGCGGUCAGCAGCCUGCCGCCAGCCGCCCCUGCGAGACGCACCAGACCACUUCCACUGGCACCACCAUGUCGGUCAGUGUGGGGGCCCUGCUCCCCGACGCCGGCCCCUCUCACAGGACCCUGGACCCGGGCGCCGAGGUGGUGGCCUCUGCCGCCAUGACCCCCACGGUGGGUGCGGCACUGCUGGCCCCCUUCCCCACGCAGCGGGUCUGUUCCAACCCGCCGUGCGAGACCCACGAGACGGGCACCACGCACACGGCCACCACUGUCACCUCCAACAUGAGCUCCAGCCAAGAUCCGCCCCCGACCGCCAGCGAUCAGGGAGAGGCGGAGAGCACCCAGAGUGACAUGGCGAACGUCACCAGUUCCAGUGUCAUUACCACCACUGUGUCCUCCGCGCUGACAAGGGCUGUGACCACUGUGACCCAGUCCACGCCCGUCCCGGGCCCCUCGGUGCCGAAGAUCUCAUCCGUGACCGAGACUGUCCCAGGGGCUCUGGCCCCCGAAGUCCCCAUCCCGGCCACGAUAACAGUGACCAUAGCCAACACCGAAACUUCUGACAUGCCCUUCUCUGCUGUUGACAUCCUGCAGCCCCCAGAGGAGCUCCAGGCCUCCCCCGGGCCGCGCCAGCAGCUGCCACCGCGGCAACUCCUGCAGUCCGCCUCCACGCCCCUGAUGGGGGAGUCCACCGAGGUCCUGUCCGCCUCCCAGCCCCCCGAGCUCCAGGGUGCCGUGGACCUCAGCAGCACAGGGGACCCGCCUUCAGGCCAGGAGCCAGCCAGCUCGGCCGUGGUGGCCACUGUGGUGGUCCAGCCCCCUGCCCCCACCCAGUCCGAAGUGGAGCAGUUGGCACUGCCCCAGGAGCUGAUGGCCGAGGCCCAGGCGGGCACCACCACCCUCAUGGUCACGGGGCUCACCCCUGAGGAGCUGGCGGUGACAGCGGCUGCCGAAGCUGCCGCGCAGGCCGCCGCCACCGAGGAGGCCCAGGCGCUGGCCAUCCAGGCCGUGCUCCAGGCGGCGCAGCAGGCUGUCAUGGCAGGCACCGGGGAGCCCAUGGACACGUCGGACGCGGCGGCCGCCGUGACCCAGGCAGAGCUGGGGCACCUAGCCGGCGAGGGCCAGGAGGGCCAGGCCACCACCAUCCCCAUCGUGCUCACGCAGCAGGAGCUGGCCGCCUUGGUGCAGCAGCAGCAGCUGCAGGAGGCGCAGGCGCAGCACCACCUCCCCACGGAGGCCCUGGCCCCGGCCGACAGCCUCAACGACCCCACCAUCGAGAGCAAUUGCCUCAACGAGCUGGCUGGGGCAGUGCCCAGCACCGUGGCCCUGCUCCCGCCCACGGCCACUGAGAGCCUGGCCCCGUCCAACACGUUUGUGGCCCCCCAGCCGGUCGUGGUGGCCAGCCCUGCCAAGCUGCAGGCCGCGGCGACCCUGACGGAAGUGGCCAACGGCAUCGAGUCCUUGGGUGUGAAGCAGGACCUGCCGCCGCCGCCCAAAGCCCCAGUGAAGAAGGAGAACCAGUGGUUUGACGUGGGGGUCAUCAAGGGCACCAACGUCAUGGUGACGCACUACUUCCUGCCCCCCGAUGAUGCAGCUCCCUGUGAUGAUGACUCCGGGACAGUCCCAGACUACACCCAGCUGAAGAAGCAGGAACUACAGCCUGGCACGGCCUACAAGUUCCGGGUGGCGGGGAUCAACGCCUGUGGCCGGGGGCCCUUCAGCGAGAUCUCCGCCUUCAAGACAUGUCUGCCCGGCUUCCCGGGGGCCCCGUGUGCCAUAAAAAUCAGCAAAAGCCCAGAUGGCGCGCACCUCACCUGGGAGCCGCCGUCGGUGACGUCCGGCAAGAUCAUCGAGUACUCGGUGUACCUGGCCAUCCAGAGCUCACAGGCCAGCGGGGAGUCCAAGAGCUCCACCCCGGCGCAGCUGGCCUUCAUGCGGGUGUACUGCGGGCCCAGCCCCUCCUGCCUCGUGCAGUCCUCCAGCCUGUCCAACGCGCACAUCGACUACACCACCAAGCCCGCCAUCAUUUUCCGCAUCGCCGCCCGCAACGAGAAGGGCUACGGCCCUGCCACCCAAGUCAGGUGGCUGCAAGAAACCAACAAGGACAGCUCUGGCACCAAGCCGGCCAGCAAGCGGCCCAUGGCCUCACCCGAAAUGAAAUCUGCUCCAAAGAAGUCCAAGGCCGACGGGCAGUGAGAGGCCGCGCCGGCACCGCCCCUCCUCCAGCCCCCUCUGCUUCAGGACACCCCCGUCUGUGCCGAGUCGCUGGCCGCCACCCCUCGCCCUUCGCGCUGUUUGAGACGCCUGUACAGAAGCACAGUUUCCGGGGCCGCGCUGCCCGAGGAGCCCCGCCAGGCACACCUGGUGCUCUCGGCGGGCAGGACGAAGGGGGCCGAGGCACAGCGGAAGGAACACGAGCCUUCGGGGAUCGGCAGCCAGGACUGGCCGGCGGGGGCGGGGCGGGGCACGGGAGCCAAGGCCGAGUGCCCCCAGUUUUCCCCCUCCUCCGCGCGGAGAGGCUUGACGGCCCCCUCCCCCGUGCAGGGCGUCCCGUUCCUCUUGUACUUCGUUCCCGUGGCAUCCGCAGCUUACCCGACCCCAGCUCUGCCCACGCUCCCACGGCCGCUCCCCCGUUUUCUUAGAGGCCUUCGUAUUCCCAGCCCUCCCCCAGUCCGUAAGAAGCAAGCAAGCGCCUGGAGCCGCCCCCGGGCUCCCCAAGCAGUGCUCCGUGGCGCCCCACCCCCACGAGCCUGGCUGCGGCCCCGGGGUGGGGCCAGGAGCGCGGCCCAGCUGCUGCAGUCGAUGGAGAUUUUCCGUUGGAAUUGAUGGAGCUCACAUUUUUAUUGUCAUUUUAGCCUUAGUGUGUGGGGUUUUGUCCCUUUUCUGUUGUUAGCCGUGUACAGGAUGUGUAGCUUCUUUUUCUUUUGGCUUUUUUUUUCCUUUAUGCCCUUGGCUAAGCCUUGGCAGGGAUCUUUCUAGAGUUGGACUAGCUGGGGGCAGCCGGGCCAAGCAGGGGGUGGGGGACGAGCCUCAGGCCUCCUCCCGGGGAAGGGUGGGAGGCCCAGCCGGGUGAGCCCACCCGUGGCGGCCUGCCGGCGCCAGGAGGAGCAGCACGAGCGGGCGCGGGCCGGGGGAGAGGGCCGGCCGCCAGGUCGGGGCUGGCACGGUCGUGCCAGGCCAGCCUUGGGACUUGGGGCAUCAUUUGGACUGGCCGGUGAGGCUUUGUUGCGCUGCGCCCACACUUGAGGCGCUCGAAGGAUCUAGAAGGAGCACCCCCCAUCUCUUCCCGGAGACUGUCGUGGUCGGGGGGCUCCCUGACUGCGGCCUCUGGCCCCUGGUUGGUUGUAUUAUAUUUCACCGUGGAACCGUCGCGUUUAGUCACCUUGGAGCCCAGUCGCCUGGUCCCCUUGUCUCCCUGUCCCUUCUGCCCGGCACCCCUGGAUCUCUGUUUCUGAGAACAGUACCCCCUCAUCUAUUGUAGAGUACUUCCGUGACUCAAUAUUACCAUAGUGCGAUGUCGUUUUGUGCUAUUUUGAACAAUAAAAGACUUUUUUUGAAAUAAA